UUGCCUUGUUUCUUUUAUUAAAAAUUAUUUUAAAAUAAUAAUCUCUGCAGCUGAAUAAAAUCCAGUGAUAAGAGUAUGGAAUUUGAAAACACGAUUGCUUUGCGUACAUUAGUUUUUUAGCGACAUGAUUUGGUGGACGUGUUUUUUUAUAGCUACAGCGCCCAGCGGUUUGAGUGCUUUUUGCGAUCGUAAUUUAAUUGUGUAUACCAAUCCUAAACACCCGUUAAGCGGAGAUUCUUUUGAUUUGAUCUGUUCUUGGGAUCCUUGUCGUGGAAAGGGUAAUCAUAAUCUACUUUCUAACGAUCGCCUCAAGUUGGAUACAGUGCACAUCGACAACUUUACCAUCAAGCACAGAGUAAUAAAAACUCCGCCUGAAGGAGGAAUUUUGAUUUUUAUAUGCCAGCACGACCUCACCACAACUUCUUCCGCCAUUGAAGUGGUACCAAAGCUGAAUGUCAAGGACUUUGAGUGCAUUAGUCGAGGGGACAUAUUGGUGGCGGAAUGUAGCUUUAACCAGCUGGUAUUUAGAGGUUUCUGGGAAUCCACCAAAUACUAUCUCAGCAUAGAUAGUGGGGAUAAGCACCAGUGCCAAUCGAUGGGGACUCAAAUUCAGUGCACUAGCCAGUACUCACUAACCACAUCAGAAAACCCGAUCCUAACCUUUGCACUUGAAAUGCAAAAGGGAUAUACAUUGCAAAAGCAGAUAUUUCUUUUCAAUAGAACCCAAAUAAAAGUGCCGCAUUGGCCGAUAAGUUCGCCAAUAAUCAACAACAAACCAGGCAAUUUAACUUGCAUCGAUUUUGGAUCCUAUUCAGUCUAUGACACAUACGAUUGGAAGCUUAUGCUGUAUCCGCAAAAUCCACGAGUCGGUUUGAAGAAAGAGCUUAAGCCAGUUUUCCAAAAAUUUUUGUGGGCUAAGGAUGAGAUAUGCUUCCAUACGCCGCACUACUAUAACCAGACCUUUGUAGUGCAUGUGUGGCGUCGCUACAGGGGCAGAAAUAAUCCAUGGACGAGAGAUUAUUACGCUGUUAAAUUCACCACGGAUACUUAUCGGCCCGGCAGGCCUCCGUACUUACUGAACGAUGUGUUCUAUUACGAACCAGAUACAAAACAUCUUCACGUUUUCUGGCACCAUAUGUACAGUCUGGAGUUUGGCGACUCUGACUUAACCUACAUUGUGCGUACAGACACAAGUAAGAAGGCACUGCAUACAGGAGAAAGCUCCGCCAUAUUCAAUAAAUGGGAACCCAGGCAGCCGGCUACUGUGUUGGUUUGGAGCAAAAACUCCGUAGGGCAAUCGGAGAACAGCUCCGAACUGAAUGUUCCAGUUCUGACCAACUCGGAGCUGCAUCAACCGCAGGACCUUUGGUACCAUAUAGACAACCAAACCAUGACCUGGAAGCCACCGAAGGAUGUAAAUAAGCUUAUUUCGUAUAUCGUGAUCUGGUGCUUCGUAUCCUCCAACAUAACUUUUAUCUGUGAGGAUCAAAGGGGUCUACAUUCAGAGCCUGUGCCAGCAUCUAUGCAGAAAUUCCAGUUCAAAACACAGGCAGCUGAUUUAAACAAGGCGGUGGUGGCCCUUUACGAGGACGGGACCAGCGGAGGCAUGGUAUGGAACGGUCCCAGCUUCAUCGAUUACAAAACGAGCAAGUCGAAAUCCUCUGGUGAUGAAAAAAUAUUCUAUAUUAUCGGCUCAGUCGGUGCCGCGUUUCUACCUAUAAUAGCCGUUUUGAUUCUUAAACUUAAAAAAAUGAGUCAAAUUAAAAUAAUAUUUCCCGUUGGCCUAUUCGAUUGUAUUGAGAUGAAAAAUGGAUUGGUUCAUCCUCCUAGUCCCAUCACCAUACCUGGAAGCGUUUCUCCAAGGGGUAUAGUUAAUAUUAAGAUGACGAGGAUGGAAACUAUUCCCGAAGAAGGUCUAAGUACUGUUUCUAGUUCGUAUGUGACAUUGCAUGAGCCGAUUAUUGAACAUAGCUUGCAUGGGCCCAUGAAAGAACCCAAUGUUGUACCUAGUUUGUAUGUGCCCACGGAAAAACCAAUUAUUGUUUCUAUGUCUUAUGUCACCGUGGACAGUAGCACUCUUGAAGAACGCACAGUUAAUCUUAAUUACGUAUAGUCAAAAUUCUUUAUACACCUGAUAUUUUUAAUAUUACUA